CGCCCGUGUUGGAGGGGGUGCUCGGCUAGCCAUCGUGCACAAUUAUAUACAGGCAUCUUAUACACAAUAAGAGCGAGGAGGAGGGAGGGCAAAGAGAAAGAGAGACGUGCACGUUAUGUAUACAUAUAUAUGUAUGUCAGCAAGGUAGUGUGUUCGCGGAUCGUACGUGCAGAAGCGUUUAAACAUUAAUCACGUUACGGAUGUUUUUGUCGAAGUGUCGUGCGUUUAAUAUACGAAGACCGAUCAUCAAGAUGCCACGGAUGUGCGGGCAAAGCGAGAAUGGAAGUCUGUGCUAACUACGGAUCGCGGGACUCGCAAAUAAGCAGCGCCGAUGGACGCGGCCAUGUUUUCUGCUAGCAGAAAUCUCACCCAUUAAUAAUUCGUUAAUCGUCGACCACAAAGUGGAGCGUGCAGAAUGCCGAUAUGCGAUGUGAGGGCGAAGUUUCUACCAGCUACUUGCGCCUGGACAGUUCUACUCAGCACCACCACAUUAUUCUUCUGUUUCCCAUGCCAGUAUUAUGUGUUCCGAUGGGGGACAUGGGUACCUGCCCUUCAAGGAGUCAUCACCUUCCUUGUGUUGGCGAAUUUUACGCUAGCCACCUUCAUGGACCCUGGUGUUAUACCGAAAGCAUCUGCUGAUGAAGAUAAAGAAGAUGAGUUUAGUGCACCGUUAUACAAAAAUGUAGAAAUCAAUGGUAUUACAGUCCGGAUGAAAUGGUGCCUCACCUGCAAGUUCUACAGACCUCCUCGUUGUUCUCAUUGCAGUGUUUGCAAUCAGUGUAUCGAGACGUUCGAUCAUCAUUGUCCAUGGUUAAACAACUGCAUCGGAAGGAGGAAUUACAGAUUCUUUUUUUUCUUUCUUUUGUCACUUAGUUUUCAUAUGCUCAGUAUAUUUGGACUUUGCCUGCAUUUUGUAUUAGAGAAAAAACAGCAGCUGGGUGAAGUAGACACGCUUGUCGCAUUUGCACUUAUGGGAGUGGUUAUACUCCUAUUUAUUCCAAUCUUUGGACUGACUGGUUUCCAUGUAAUACUUGUUUCCAGAGGACGCACGACAAACGAACAGGUAACGGGUAAAUUUAAUGGAGGCUACAAUCCUUUUUCCCGUGGUUGCCUACACAAUUGCUGCUACACGCAAUUCGGACCACAAUACCCCAGUUUACUUAAGCCAGAAAAGUAUUUAGGAAAACGACGCGGAGCUUGUACAUCUGAGAUAUCGACUAUAGGCAGUGAGAACCAGGUAAAAACCUACAUGGAUAGCAGCAAUGGUGUUAGAAAUGCCAGUUCAAAUGCUUACAAUAAGUUGUCUCCCGGACGGGAUGGGUCGGACACAGACAUGGAGCCCACCGCAUCUCAAUCGGCGGACUGCGAGCCUACGCCUCCGCUGCAAAGACACGGUUCUAAAAGCAAUUUCUUCCUGCCGCCUGUGGAGAACAGCGAGUCUCCCAGGCAUCCUCCACCGUCACAGCACCGUCAUCCAAUGCAAUACACUAGGGGCAGCCCUCAUCCAAGGCCAAGGUACGUUGUCGAUACCUAUAGGGGAAUGAAUGGCUCACGAAGUCACACGCCCGAUCCACUGUCACCGGAAGCGAGCGGAUCGCCUGCCACAGCUUCUCAGAGAGGUCAAAACCAAGGGGGUGCUAGUCCAACUACACAACGGAUUAAAGCUAUUGGAGUACCGACUCCUCUUGCUAUUUCCAGUCCUAUGCGCAGGUAUACUAUUAUACUCUUAUCUACUUAAUUGGAAGAAAUAGAACAAACUAUAACGGAUAUAAUGAAAUUUAUUACUAUUAUUAUCAUUAUAUAUAUAUAUACACACACCUUGAGAAAAAAGAUUGCAAGUAAAUACAGUGUUACAUAGUAAGAGAAAAA